GACCUGCAACAGCUCUGCUCGGCCAAGUCAGACUGCUGGGGCCGCCGCCUCCUUCCACUGUGAGCUCCUUUUCCCGACGCCCUUAGCAGCCUUCAGUCCCGGUGGUCGGCAGAGGCCUUGGCAGCAGGAUGGAGCUGGAGUGAGGCAGAGGGGCCGCCAGCUGCUGACCGGAACGUGGGACGCUGGUGAUUCGUGGGUCACUGAGGCUGGACAACGUUCAUGGCUCUCGGGUAGAACCCAGUGAAACGGCCAGAAUGAAUUCUAUGGACAGGCACAUCCAACAGACCAAUGACCGACUGCAGUGCAUCAAGCAGCACUUACAGAACCCUGCCAACUUCCACAAUGCUGCCACGGAGCUGCUGGACUGGUGCGGAGACCCGCGAGCCUUCCAGCGGCCCUUUGAGCAGAGCCUGAUGGGCUGUUUGACGGUGGUCAGUCGGGUGGCAGCUCAGCAAGGGUUCGACCUGGACCUCGGCUACAGACUGCUGGCUGUGUGUGCUGCAAACCGAGACAAGUUCACUCCGAAGUCUGCCGCCCUGCUGUCCUCCUGGUGCGAGGAGCUCGGCCGCCUGCUGCUGCUCCGACAUCAGAAGAGCCGCCAGAGCGACCCCCCUGGGAAACUCCCCAUGCAGCCUCCCCUCAACUCCAUGAGCUCCAUGAAACCCACUCUGUCACACAGUGAUGGGUCGUUCCCCUAUGACUCUGUCCCUUGGCAGCAGAACACCAACCAGCCUCCCGGCUCCCUCUCCGUGGUCACCACGGUUUGGGGAGUGACCAACACAUCCCAGAGCCAGGUCCUCGGGAACCCUAUGGCCAAUGCCAACAACCCCAUGAAUCCAGGCGGCAACCCCAUGGCGUCGGGCAUGACUACCAGCAACCCCGGCCUCAACUCCCCACAGUUUGCUGGGCAGCAGCAGCAGUUCUCAGCCAAGGCCGGCCCCGCUCAGCCCUACAUCCCGCAGAGCAUGUACGGCCGGCCCAACUACCCCGGCAGCGGGGGCUUCGGGGCCAGUUACCCUGGGGGUCCUAAUGCCCCUGCUGGCAUGGGCAUCCCUCCGCACACCAGGCCGCCCGCUGACUUCACUCAGCCGGCAGCCGCUGCUGCAGCAGCUGCAGUAGCAGCAGCAGCAGCCACGGCCACGGCCACAGCUACGGCCACUGUGGCAGCCUUGCAAGAAACACAGAAUAAGGAUAUAAACCAGUAUGGACCGGUCUGUUCCUCUUUCCAGAUGGGUCCCACCCAGGCGUAUAACAGCCAAUUCAUGAACCAGCCCGGGCCUCGGGGGCCUGCCUCCAUGGGGGGCAGCAUGAACCCCGCAAGCAUGGCGGCUGGCAUGACGCCCUCGGGGAUGAGCGGCCCUCCCAUGGGCAUGAACCAACCCCGGCCACCCGGCAUCAGCCCCUUUGGCACACACGGGCAGCGGAUGCCCCAGCAGACCUACCCGGGCCCCCGGCCCCAGUCCCUUCCCAUUCAGAGCAUAAAGAGGCCAUACCCGGGAGAGCCCAACUACGGAAACCAGCAAUAUGGACCAAACAGCCAGUUCCCCACCCAGCCAGGCCAGUACCCCACCCCCAAUCCCCCACGGCCGCUCACCUCUCCCAGCUACCCCGGGCAGCGGAUGCCCAGCCAGCCGAGCACCGGGCAGUACCCGCCCCCCACAGUCAACAUGGGGCAGUAUUACAAGCCAGAGCAGUUUAAUGGACAAAAUAACACCUUCUCUGGAAGCAGCUACAGCAGCUACAGCCAAGGGAACGUCAAUAGACCUCCCAGGCCAGUUCCUGUGGCGAAUUACCCCCACUCACCUGUUCCAGGGAACCCCACGCCCCCCAUGACCCCCGGGAGCAGCAUCCCCCCAUACCUGUCCCCCAGCCAAGACGUUAAACCCCCCUUCCCACCGGACAUCAAGCCAAAUAUGAGCGCUCUGCCACCACCCCCAGCCAGCCACAAUGACGAGCUGCGGCUCACGUUCCCGGUGCGGGACGGCGUGGUGCUGGAGCCCUUCCGCCUGGAGCACAACCUGGCCGUCAGCAACCACGUCUUUCACCUGAGGCCCACAGUCCACCAGACGCUGAUGUGGAGGUCUGACCUGGAGCUGCAGUUCAAGUGCUACCACCACGAGGACCGGCAGAUGAACACCAACUGGCCAGCCUCGGUGCAGGUCAGCGUGAACGCCACGCCCCUCACCAUCGAGCGCGGCGACAACAAGACAUCCCACAAGCCCCUGCACCUCAAGCACGUGUGCCAGCCAGGCCGCAACACCAUCCAGAUCACCGUCACCGCCUGCUGCUGCUCCCACCUCUUCGUGCUGCAGCUGGUCCACCGGCCCUCCGUGCGCUCCGUGCUGCAAGGCCUCCUCAAGAAGCGGCUCCUGCCCGCAGAGCACUGUAUCACGAAAAUCAAGCGGAAUUUCAGCAGCGUGGCUGCCUCAUCAGGCAACACGACCCUCAAUGGGGAAGAUGGUGUGGAGCAGACAGCCAUCAAGGUGUCUCUGAAGUGCCCCAUCACAUUCCGGCGCAUCCAGCUGCCUGCUCGAGGCCACGAUUGCAAGCACGUCCAGUGCUUUGACUUGGAGUCGUACCUGCAGCUGAAUUGCGAGAGAGGGACCUGGAGGUGUCCUGUGUGCAAUAAAACCGCUCUGCUCGAGGGCCUGGAGGUAGAUCAGUACAUGUGGGGCAUCCUGAAUGCCAUCCAACACUCCGAGUUUGAAGAGGUCACCAUUGACCCCACAUGCAGCUGGCGGCCAGUGCCCAUCAAGUCGGACCUCCACAUUAAGGAUGACCCUGACGGCAUCCCAUCCAAGCGGUUCAAGACCAUGAGUCCCAGCCAGAUGAUCAUGCCCAAUGUCAUGGAGAUGAUCGCAGCCCUGGGCCCCGGCCCGUCCCCCUAUCCACUCCCGCCCCCUCCCGGGGGCACCAACUCCAACGACUACAGCAGCCAAGGCAACAGCUACCAGGGCCAUGGCAACUUUGACUUCCCCCACGGGAACCCCGGUGGGACGUCCAUGAACGACUUCAUGCACGGGCCCCCCCAGCUCUCCCACCCCCCGGACAUGCCCAACAACAUGGCCGCCCUUGAGAAGCCCCUCAGUCACCCCAUGCAGGAGACUAUGCCACAUGCUGGCAGUUCUGACCAGCCCCAUCCCUCCAUGCAACAAGGUUUGCACGUCCCACACCCCAGCAGCCAGUCAGGGCCUCCAUUACAUCACAGUGGGGCUCCUCCUCCUUCCCAGCCUCCCCGGCAACCGCCACAGGCCGCUCCCGGCAACCAUCCACACAGUGACCUGACCUUUAACCCCUCCUCAGCCUUAGAGGGUCAGGCCGGAGCGCAGGGAGCGUCCGACAUGCCGGAGCCUUCGCUGGAUGUAAGUUGGGGUCACCACGUGUCUUGGCCUGGGGCCGGGACUGCCCGAGAGCAGGGGCGGGUGUCGAGGGCCCGAGGCCCGGGGUGGAGGAGAGGUACAGCGGUGAGGAGCGGGUGGGCGGGCGGAGGGUGGGCCCCGCCAACCUGCCUCCCCUGUGGCUCCAGGACCGGGGAACCCCACAGUGGGCAAGCCUCAGCGAGGGUGCCACACCCCUUGCCCCACCCUGCUGGCCCCGCCCCCGUCCCGUUGGCCACAGUCCUGCCGCCCGGCCCUGCCCUCCCUCCCCCAGGCCCUCACAGAGUCCCUCUGGGCCGGUCCUGGAGGCAGCACAGGAGGGUCCCUCCCCCCCCUUCUUCCCACCUCCCGUUCCCCGACAUCGGCUUGCCAUCGCUGCAUCUGCCGCUCUCUGGCCCAAGGCAGGGGAGGGGCUGGAGGGACAGGUCCCUCUGUCUGUCUCGCUGGUGUGUGUCUCCAGUUUCUAGUCUGUGUGUUGUCCAUGCCCUGUGCUUUUGCUCACUCCAUCGCUCACUCUGAGAGGCCCCCACGUGGGGUGACAGAAGGCUCGGCCUCGGGUCACACUGGGGGGCGGGGGCGGGGGGCGUCGUGUGACUGAGGCAGAAGCGGGCAGCUGAGAUUCAGGGAUCACCCCCCUUGAGAACUGAAUGGUCUGGAAGGUGGGCAAGGGGGACACUGAAUGAUGGGUGUUGGGUAGCUGGGCAGGGCUGCCAGCGAGGGACACGGCCCUUGCCCCGCCCACCCCUCGCCCCCAGGCUCUAGAUUCCCAGAGAGGAGGCCUGCCCUCUCCUUGGUCACGUCCCAGCCCCAGCAAGAGGCCCCCUUGGCCCCAGCGAGAGUCUCUGGUGAACCGGAUUCACUCAGCUCUGGCGCUAUCUUGGAUUCUUGCCCGACUCUCCUCCCCAGGCCAGGGCAGGUGCUUCUGGAUUGAUGAGGUCCCCCGUGUGACCGAAAGAGUCCAAGGACCUCACAGUAGAGGGGAGGGACGGUCUGUAGCCUCUUCCCGGAGUCUACAGGGAAGAGCAGUGCUGCCCAGCUAGCCGCGGGCUCAGCAAGGAGCCGGGAGCUCUUGGGGGAGGUGUGGGGUGCUGGGAGCCGCAGAGACCCGCCAGCCUUACAUGCAAAGCCACAUGGCUUCUCCUGGGAGGCAUGAGUGACCCCCAGCCCCUUGUGGCAGGGUCUCAGGAACACUGUGCGUGAGGAGCCUUCCCAGCUGGUGGGCCGAGGGCUCCAAUUUUCCAGACUUGAAAUAAGCACGGGUGUGCCCCAGACUAGCACGGUGGCCUGGAUGCAUCCGGGGACCACCGGCACUGUUAGUUUCCCCUGUUUGGACCAGGACCCCAGGAGGCAGGUAGAAGGCAAGCGAACAGGCCCGAGGGUGCCCUGCUUCCUCGCCCUGGGCCGGCCCAGCCUUCAGCCGACACCUCAUCUGAGCUUCUGUACUUCUU